AUGCAAAUGGCAAGCAGUGCAGUCUUGAGAACUUAUUUGAGCCAGAAGCCAAGCCAACCUUUUCCAGACUUCUACAGUUACAUGAAUAACAAGUGGCCGCCUAAUGGCGACAAUAUUUGGCGGCUCUACCAACAGGCAGUAUAUUCUUCACUGCAACCCUACAGUUAUUCUAAUGUCUUGCGCUACACUCAAGAGAUUUGGUCUGUUAGAUUUGAACGCGGUGAUACAGCAGCUUUCGAUCACACCUUUGCCGCGACAAGGGCAUAUAGAGACAAGAAAUCCAUGGGCAAGAAAUGCUUCGCUGAUUUCAACAAUGGAAGAAUUGGUGAAAUUGGUGGCAUCUACGCUGUUCCAACAACGAAGUUGAGCAAUGUAUCCCAUGGGUUGACACAAGCAGCGCCUCAAUUGAAGAUGUAUCCGUACUGA